GUACACACGAGCACAGCUAGUGGAAGAGAAACGAUAAGAAAAAGAGUAGUGGUCCAAAGUGUUUCGCGCUUAUCAGUCUCACCGUUUUGAGUUGGACACGUGAUUUUACACGAGAUAAUCCACACUGCGGCUAAUAUGGUAAUUUACCAGAAAAUUAGUCACCAGAAAUCUCGUAAAUUCUGUAAAUCGAAGGGGAUGACUUUGCGCUAAACACUGCACGCUGAUUAACUCCAUUGACUGAUCUCGAUGGAUUCUGACAGAUGAUAAGAAGACCCAUGAACGAAACUUAUUUAAUCAUGAGGCAAACAAAUAUUCAUUUUCAGUAAUUUUCUUUCGAAUGCCUCGAAUUCCUCCAGUUUUUGGAAUUUUGUUUAUGGCUAUUGGGACCUUACGCAUAGUCUUUAAGCGUAUAUGGAAAAUGAACGUAUCUACUCGAGAUGGUAACUGGAGAAUAACAGAACUUCUGGCUUACUCCAAUUACUACAUUUUCCAGGUUAAAUUUGCUUUCGUAUAUGAAUUGCGCGACGUAACCUAGUUAUGGUUAGAGUUAAUUUUACUAAACUUAGCUGUUUUAUCCGCAUGUUGUUUGACGGUCUUCUGAGCGAGCUGAAUUACUCGGCUUUUUGAAAAGCAUUCCAAAUCACCUACCAUUUUAGCCCUAAUUUCAGGUCAGUUUAUAACGGAUCGAAAACUGGACUCACACACACAAACAGCAGAAGGCGUGAAAGGCUGACACACAUUUAGUGAGAAGAACCAAUGGCAUAAUGGGUAACUCUAUGGCUCACUGGCCAAUCAAGACAGACAACACUUAUUCAGAAGAAAAUUGAGACGGGUGUAGUAUAUGUGCAAGUGUUACACAGCUUUCAUAUAUUUGCAAUGCACUGGGACACCUUUUAACAUCUGCGCUUUGUAAUUGUGGACGGACAUAAUGGAUCGGGUUGCUGCAGUGCCUUCAGAGCAUGUUCUGGGUGACAAAUUCAGUCCAGACAGUAUCAUAAGUUCUUCCACUAGUGACUCAUUAACCAGUUCUUGCGGUCAUUCAGUUACCGGAUUCCAUACUGGAGAAGGAAAUUCCAUCACUGACCGCUGUCUGCUUAUGGGGCAACUCAAGGGGCUGACAAGUAACGAACCUUCUGGAACACAUGCAAUUGGACAAUUAUGGGGCAUGGUCCGGCAAACAUCGCAAGGUCAGCUAAACUCCGUAUGCCAUUCCAUCAACCCCUCGUGGCCGUCUAGCACACCGAAUGCUUCCGCUAAAAGUCAGAGAACGAGAAGUGCAAGGGUAGAAUCAAAAGAUAUGUGCUUCUGUGGACCCGGAAGAAAGCGUUACUUUAUUGCUUUCUUGUGCUGUACUUGUCUAACAAUUGUGAUAGGCAUGCGAUCAGAGAUGUUAGGAAUAAUGACAAACUUAAACAAUACCACUCCUCUGAGUGCAACCACAAGGAGGUCAUCAUUUGAGCGAGGAGCUCCAGUGGGAAAUACCGCGAUUUAUCUUUCAUCUCACGACUCAGGGAUGCACCCAUCGUUGGACAUAGAUGGGGUCCACCAUUCCCCCGAGGUAAUCAGCGACAGUAGAAGGCAUAUGACAUCGCUAAUCUUCAAACCAUCGGAGCACAGACAAAUGCCAUGGACUACAGCAAUAAAGAACGACGUCGUUGAGAACGCAAUAUUCUUUGCAUAUUUGAUCACCAGCCCCAUUGGAGGAUACCUGACGGUCAAUCAUGAUUCGUCGUUUUUACUGGGUUGUUCAGUUGCUAUGACAUGUGGCAUGAAUUUGUUUCUACCGUUAGUAGAAACGAUAGGAAAUGAUGUGAACGCAAAGUUUAUAGUUGUGAUUUUACUGCGUCUGAUACAAGGUUUGGCGGAGGGAUGUUUAAUUCCCGCCGUUUUUGGCAUCUUGCGGUUUUGGGGACCAGAAGCUGAACGUUCUACACUUGUUUGCCUGGCUGUCAUUGGGGUCUCCUUAGGGCCAUUGAUUGGACUUCCCGUAUGUGCCGAGAUAGAAAAGAAGUGGGGCUGGGGUGUAGUGUUUUAUAUUUAUGCAAACUUGGGACUUGUUUGGUGCAUAUUUUGGUGGCGAUUAAUCGAUGAAAAACCGAACAAAGAUGAAAAAUUAAGCAAAACGGAAAGGGCUUAUUUGCAAGCAAACAUCUCCAACCGUGUACUGAAUUCUCAAGGGCAUACCAUUAUUCCAUGGCAUGCAAUUCUUCGCUCAAGGCCUAUUUUUGCAAUCCUUUUAACUUACGCUGCGGACGACUGGACCUUUCAAAUAUCUUCGGUUUGUAUGCAAUCUUUUUAUCAGCAAAUUUACAACGUCGAUGUAGAGCGGACCAUAUUUCUUCUCUCAUUCCCAUUCCUCUCGAGAUCGAUCUUCGUGCCAAUUGGUGAGUCGAAAAAUUGUUAUCUGUGGCCAUGGCAACAGUAACAGUAGCACGAGAUCUUAGAAACUGUUUUCCAUUAUUCGAAAUUCAGCUAAAAGUGGGUUUCAUUAGUCAGUGUUUUCCGUUUGAGACGGUACGUAAUUAGAGACUGAUACGAUGGAUUAGCGCGCGCCUAAUAUGAAUAAAUUGAGUCAGAGGGGAAAAUCGUUAUAUGCUGGAAAACUACGCAUAAAGAACAAGCAUAUCAGCCAAAGCAAACUUUACAUAUUUUCCACUAAUUACUUUAAGGAAUUCAGAAAUUAUUCCACUUCCGCAAUCUGCGAUUAUGUAACAUAAGCAACAAUUUUUUUUCAAUCGUAGUAGCGAUCUUUUCCCAAGUGUAUACGAUUAUGUGAAUCUUGGCAAGACGUGUUGGUUCACCGUACGGACUAGCGUCGGAAGCUGUCGGAAGCAAUACAGACAUCAUACAUUCUUGAACAUUUCGUGUAGCGCCACGAUUUUCCACUCCCUUAGUUGCUGGUUCCUCUAAGUAGGCAACGCGGCUGCAAUUCUUUCUCCCAGUUUGUACCAUUCAUUAUUUAAAGCAUUGAAAUUCCAUGUAAAUCUGUCAACGUUGAUUAUAUGUUACUCGUCAGAUUUGAUAACGGAGUUAUUCCCG